AUGGCUCUACUAACAGCCAACGCACUGGAAGACCACGUGUCACUGAUCGUAAUGACGAUAGGAACAUUUUUGAAGACGUCUAGAACCAAUCCAAGACUCACCGCCCCUGCGAUCAGACGGGAAGUUUUCUUGAAUUCGCCAUCUCCGCCAUCCGUCUCGACCGUGAAACGACGUCUGAAUGCUGCUGGAAUCAUGGGAAGACGUCCAGUGAAGAAACCGCUGAUUUCUGAAAAGAAUCGAGCCGCCAGGGUGAAGUGGGCGAAGGAGCAUCUCAACUGGACCCGUCAAGACUGGAACAAGAUUCUGUGGUCCGACGAAAGCAAGUUCCUCCUCUUCGGGAGUGACGGAAUUCAGUGGGUUCGUAGACCAAUUGGGUCCAGAUAUCAUCCGAAAUACCAAUUACCCACCGUGAAACAUGGUGGAGGUUCUUGCAUGGUGUGGGGCGCCUUCUCUGGAAGUGGCAUCGGACCGCUUCAUCGCGUGAACGGCAUCAUGGACAAGCACGUCUACAAAGACAUUCUCCUGAACCAGAUGUUGCCGCACUUGAGAGCCAUGGGCCGUGGGAGUGUUUAUCAACAGGAUAACGACCCCAAGCACACUCACUGUUCGUCAAGGUGA